ACCGGGUUAAUAACGUCUGCACUGGCCAUGGAUUGAGGAAAAUCAACAAUAAUAAACAUUGGUGUAUACCUGUGCCACCUCUCCCUUCGUGUUAAUUUGUGUUGUGAUUUUCCUUCCUGUUAUCCGAUUGAACUUGACCUUUGUACAUCCACCAAUCGUAUUGUCGUUUUGGUGGGCCGAGUUGUGUGUAAAUUUUGGAGAAAAAGAAAAAGUUGAUUCCUGGCAUCAGGAGCUGGAGAUACAGUGUAAGAGCUACUCAACAUCGGAUCAAAGUCAGUUGUUCAAUCGAAAGUUUUGUUGUAAAAUAAAAUAUAAAACUAUACCAUUAGUGCCUGGAGUGGAUGGGAUUGUGUUCUAUGUUAAAAGAUCGUUCAAUUUUUACCGUGAAAUAUAUAUUUUUUGUGAACCGGAGCGCGCGAUGCCGGUGGCCGAGAUGCUGCCGGGCCUCGCUUCCGGUCUCCUUGAUUUUCAAAGCCGUAGAGCUGGACAAUAUGGACGCAAUAGAACGUAUCAACAAUUGUUUAUAGCACUUGUCAGUUUAGUGCUUAUUCAAACGAGUGUCAUCGAGGCCAUCAAGGCCAUUGACGAUGGAGUUGGCUGCGGAGCGGGAAUGUUCAGGUGUUCAGACGGAAAGUGCAUACAACAACUUGCGGUAUGCAACUAUCAGAAGGACUGCGAGAAUGGCGAGGACGAAAUGCAGUCGUGUCCACCACCUGAGUGUGAGGCAGGUCAACUAUCAUGCAGCCAAUAUAUUUUCAACAAAACAUACUGCAUACCUCAACACCAAAGAUGUGAUAUGACGGUGGAUUGUGUCGAUGGAACCGAUGAGGCAGGAUGCACAUACAGAAAAUGUCAAAUAGAUGAUUUCAAAUGCAAUGGAGGCCUAGCAACCAAUGAACUUUGUAUUCCGAAAGAGAAGAAAUGCGACGGUUACUUGGACUGCAGAAAUGGAAAGGAUGAGGAGGAAUGCCCAGUGAAUAUGAAACCCGCCUGUAGAUUGGAUCAAUUCAGGUGUAAUUCGACUCAACGAUGUGUCGAGCAAAGUGCAAGGUGCAAUCAUCGAGACGACUGUGGCGACAACAGUGACGAAGAGCAUUGCAGUUUUCCUCAAUGCACUAAUGAUCAAUUCAGAUGUGCAAAUGCUCUGUGUAUCCCUGUGGGUUUCCACUGCGACGGUCACAAAGAUUGUCCCGAUGGUUCUGAUGAGAAGUCCUGCAAGGUGACAGUCUGUCCGGACAACAAAUUCAUGUGUCCAAAGGGUGGCUUAGACGGCAAACCCCUGUGCAUCGAGAGAUCCCAAGUCUGCGACACCAAAGCCGAUUGUGCUGAUGAGGCUGACGAGGGGACAGCGUGCUCCAGGGAUGCCUGCCCCUCGUUGCGAUGCUCCCACACUUGUCGAGCGUCUCUCACUGGUGGUGCCUGCGAGUGCCCUGAAGGAUUCAUGCUUGCCAACGACACUGGUACCUGUAUCGACAGAAAUGAGUGCAACGAAUGGGGCUACUGUGAGCAAUUCUGUGAGAACACUGAGGGCUCCUAUCAAUGUAUGUGUGCUCGUCGGUACAAUCUAAUUGGUCGUAACAAGUGUCGUGCCCAGAAUGAUCAACACUGGCCAGCCGUUGAACUCUUACUUGCUCAGGAGCGUGCCCUCUGGCGAAUGUCCGCUGAUGGGAAUAAUCGAACACUGGUGGCUAACACAACUGGUGCCAGUGGUGUCGAUUAUCUCUUCUCUGAGAAUUUAUUAUUCUGGAGUGACGUUAAAACACGAAAAGUUCAUGCACAGCCAUUGGUACCAAGUGACUCGCUGAGCGAGCAAGUGGAUAUCGCUCCAGCUGGGUCAUGGGCACCAGUGGCAAUAGCUGUUGAUUUUAUCGGUAGAAAAUUGUAUGUGGUUGACUCAAUCGUUCAGAAAAUCGAUGUAUUUGAGUUAGAUGGUCGUUACCACGGAAUUGUCCUAGGAUCAAAUCUCACAAGCCCUGCGGAUAUUGCUCUCGAUCCCACCGUUGGAAUUAUGUUCAUCGCUGACAAUAAACAAGUACUUCGGGCCAAUAUGGAUGGAACCAAUGCUUUUCCGAUAGUAUCUGAGGCGGCCUAUAAAGUCUCCGGUGUUGCUGUGGAUAUGAUUGCGAAGAGGAUUUACUGGUGUGAUUCACUCCUCGACUAUAUUGAAACAGCUGAUUACAAGGGGAGCAAGAGGGUCAUGGUGCUUAGGGGGGCGCAUGUACCUGCUCCCACGAGGUUAACGCUCUUUGAGAAUCAAGUUUACUGGACUGAUAGCACCAAACAGGCUAUCAUGAGCACUGACAAGUUCAUGGGAGACGCAAAUAUUAAUACAAUUUUUAAAGUUCGCGACGCAAAAGCUAUCAAAGCCCUUCAUCCGCUCAUUCAAGCAACGGGAAAUAUAAAAAAUCCGUGUGGAAAUAAUAAUGGAGGUUGCCAGCAUAUGUGCAUUGUCACUGCUGCUGGUGGAAGAGAGAGUGGUCUCGGGUACAGAUGUGCCUGUAAUAUCGGAUGGAGAUUGUCUGCUGAUCUGAGAAAUUGUAAUUUAGUUCAGGAGUUCUUGAUGUACUCCCAGCAACGAUUUAUCAAAGGAAGAGUUCUAGAUCCUGUGAUGGAGGGAUUCAGCGAUGCAAUUCUUCCGGUUGUGUCCAGGAGAGCCAGGUUCGUUGGGCUUGAUUACGAUGCCCAUGAGCAGUACAUCUACUACAGUGAUGUCCUGCAGGAUGUUAUCUACAGGGUCCAUCAGAAUGGAACCGGCAGGGAAAUCGUCCUGGCCAGCCAGAAUGAGGGAGUCGAGGGUUUGGCUGUUGACUGGGCAGCAAAGAACUUGUACUACAUCGACUCAAGAAAAGGAACACUCAAUGUUUUGAGCACCAGAAACGUCACCUACCGAAGAACAUUGCUGAAGAAUCUGAAGAGGCCGAGGGCCAUUGUUAUUCAUCCCAAUCACGGUUAUAUAUUUUUCUCUGAGUGGGAUCGACCGGCAAACAUCAGUCGGGCUCAUGCUGAUGGAUCUAAUCUCGUGGUCUUUAAAAAUUUAACUCUGGGAUGGCCCAAUGGUCUUGCUAUUGAUUUCACCAAAGACAGAUUGUACUGGUGUGAUGCACUUUUGGAUCACGUUCAGCAUUCAAAUCUCGAUGGAAGUGAUGUGAAGACUAUCAGUCCAAGGUUGAUAAGGCAUCCAUUCUCCAUCGCUAUUCAUGAACAGUGGAUGUACAUUACUGACUGGAGAUUGGAUGCGAUAAUUCGAUUGCACAAGGAAACUGGCCAGCAGGAGGCGAUUCUCGUGAGAGAACCAGCAACAAAUAGAUUGUACGGAGUCAAAGUUUUUAGUAGAGAGAUUCAGAAACCAUCAGAUCAUCCUUGUUCUGUGAAUAACGGUGGAUGCGACAAACUUUGUUUUGGUAUCCCUCAAAAUACAACGAAUAGAUACACUGGACUUCCACAACUGAUUAGGGUAUGUGGUUGCCCCUACGGUGAGCGACUGAUGCCGAACGAAAGAACUUGUACAUCAGACCCCAAAGCUGAGCCUCCCGUUCAAGCUUGUCCCAAUCCUUGGGACUUCACCUGCGCUAAUCAGAGGUGCGUUCCACACUCAUGGGUAUGCGAUGGUGAUGACGAUUGUCUCGAUAACAGUGAUGAAAUGCAGAACUGCACGAAACCAACGUGUGCAACUGAUAAGUUCCAGUGCAAAUCUGGCAGAUGUAUUCCGGCGAGUUUCAGGUGUGACUCGGAAAAUGACUGCGGUGAUUACAGUGAUGAAGCUAAUUGUCCGAAUGCCACGUGCAGUGCUAGUCAAUUCACGUGUGAUAAUCAUCGUUGUAUUCCAGCGUCGUGGAAGUGUGACUCGGAGAACGACUGCGGCGAUAGCUCUGAUGAGGGGACAUUCUGUGCAGCUAAAACAUGUUCAUAUUUCCAGUUCACAUGUCCCAGGUCAGGGCACUGCAUUCCACAAUCGUGGGUAUGCGAUGGGGAUAACGACUGCUUUGAUCAGCAAGAUGAGAUGGAUUGUCCACCAGUCACGUGUCUCAGUACGCAGUUCACUUGUGCUGAUAGAAAGAUGUGUGUUUUAGAGUCAUACAAGUGCGAUGGUUUAUCGGAUUGCAAUGAUGGAAGUGAUGAGGUGGGAUGUCCAUCAUUGGCUCCUGAUCAGUGCAAUCCGGAGAAACAGUUCCAGUGCGUGAGCUCUGGGGUGUGUAUUCCCAAGAGCUGGUAUUGCGAUAGAACUCCAGAUUGUAAUGACAAGUCAGACGAGCCAGAGUCCUGUGGACAGAGGCCAGACGAGUGUCCUGCUGGAUACUUCAAGUGUAUCACUCCGGUCAAUCAAAGCUGUGUAUUCAAAACAUAUAUUUGUGACGGUAAGGAUGAUUGUGGAGACGGCUCCGAUGAGGAUGCUCUACUCCACGCUUGUUCCCCACCGCCAUUCAAAUGUGACUCGGAUCAAUGGGCUUGUCCUGGUGUGACUGGCAAGUGUGUCAAUCAGACUAGUGUCUGCGAUGGAAAACCAGAUUGUCCGAACGGCGGAGACGAGGGCUGGGGUUGCGAUUUAACAGAGUGCAGUCAUCAGGGAGGAUUGUGCAGCAAUGGCUGCAUUCAGACACCAUUAGGGGCUGAAUGCACAUGCCCGAUGGGUGAGGAACUUGACAAAGAUGGGUACAACUGUCGUGAUAGAGACGAAUGUGAUCCACCAGGAUUGUGCUCUCAAAUUUGCACGAAUACUAAAGGAAGCUACGCCUGCAGUUGCAUCGAUGGAUAUAGAUUGGAGACUGAUAAUCAUACUUGCAAGGCAUUCAAUCACUCAGCUGCAUUCUUAAUCAUCUCGAAUAGACACACAAUUCUCGUUGCUGAUCUUCAAGAGCAGGCGCUGGAGAGGGUACCGAUAAAUGUUGAAAAUGUUGUUGCCACUGCUAGCAAUAUGAAUAGUGGUACAAUCUUCUGGUCUGAUAUGAAACUGAAAAAGAUAUCUCGAUUGGAGAAAGGAGGAGAUCCUCAGGACGUGGUUUCCACUGGAUUGGACUUGGUGGAGGGACUAGCAUACGACUGGAUCGGUAAGAAUCUCUACUGGUUGGAUUCUAAGCUGAAUACCAUUGAAGUUGUCAAGGAGACUGGUGAAUACAGAAUGGUACUCGUGAAAGAGAACAUUACACAGCCCAGGGGAAUGUGUCUGGAUCCUAGUCCGGAUUCAAAGUGGCUGUUUUGGACGGAUUGGGGAGAGAAUCCUCGUAUUGAACGAAUAGGAAUGGACAGUACAAAUCGAUCUACCAUCAUCAGCACAAAGAUCUAUUGGCCGAAUGGAUUAGCAUUGGAUAUCGCUAAUAAACGAGUUUACUUUGCUGAUAGCAAACUCGACUUCAUUGAUACCUGCAAGUACGAUGGAUCUCAGAGGAUUCAAGUCCUCGCUAGUUCUCACUACCUCCUUCAUCCUCAUUCUUUAACACUCUUCGAGGAUACUAUGUACUGGACGGACAGGCAGCUCAAUCGUGUUUUGUCAGCUCACAAGUUCAAGGGCUCCAAUCAAACCGUAGUGUCACAUCUGAUUUCUCAACCUUUAUCGAUUCAUGUUCAUCAUCCGGUACUUCAACCAAUGUAUUCUAGUCCAUGCAACAAUGCCAACUGCCAACAUCUCUGUCUUCUUUCCCCUGGUGCUCCCUCAGGUUACACCUGCAAGUGUCUCGUCGGUUUUAAAUCACUAUCCGAUGGUAGAUGCAUCGAGGAAGAUGUUCCGUACAUAAUGGUGCUUCGUGGAUCCCAGAUUGUGGAUAUUUCACUGACCCCAGGAGACAGUAAGACCGGGUAUAUAACACCUGUUGUUGGUGUUGAUGGUGGAACCCUUAUAGAUUAUGAUAGAAAGGAUAGAGUUAUUUAUUGGCUGCAGACUAAGGAUGGUGACGAUGAGAAUGGCACGAUUUACACGAUUCCACACAUUGGUGGGAAUAAAACACAAUUUCCCAAUCCAGGUGGAGAUUCCGGUAUCGUUGGAUCUCCCUCAACGAUGGCAUUCGACUGGUUGGGAAGAAACCUAUUCGUUGGUAACAAAUUUGCAUCAAACAUUGAAGCCAUUAAGAUCGAUGGUGAGCCUCGAUACAGGACAAUUGUGUUGGCUAAUGACGGAACACCUACUUCAGUUGCUAAACCAAAAGCAAUGUGUGUUGAUCCACUCGAGGGACAUGUAUUUUGGAUCGAUGAGGGUGGUUACGGAGUUUCCGAGAAAAUUGGGAGGAUUAACAUGGACGGUUCCAACUCCCUUGUCCUUAUCAAUAACACUUACAAACUGGAAGCCAUUACCAUCGAUAUUCCCAGUAAAACCAUCUACUUCAGCUCGCAAUUUCCAGCUUACGUGAAAUCGAUGACAACUGAUGGCCAGAAUGUUCACGUUAUACUUAAAGAUGUCAAUAAUAUUGCUCUUCCAAAAGCUCUCGCUGUCCACGAGUCGAAAUUGUACUUCAUGGACCCGACUUACGAUAAAAUUGAAAGAGUGGAUCUCCCCAGCGGGAGCAAUCCUGUAACACUUCUUGAUAAUGAAUCGACUCUGAAGACUCUCGUUAUUUACAAGAAACGUGUCGAUGGUUCUCAUCCUUGUCUAGUGAACAAUGGAGGCUGUGAUCAGCUGUGUUUGCCGGCCAAUGGAGGGACCAAAGUUUGUGCCUGCAGCAUGGGAUACAAGAUGACUGGAGGAUCCAAAUGUGAGCCAUUCACGACUUUCGCAGUUGUGACACAGCUGGAUGUGGCCAGAGGCUACAGCAUGGUCGAUGCCAAAGAAGCAAUGGUGCCAAUUGCAGGACCCGGUCAUCAUAUCCUUCACAUCGAUGUUCACUACGCUGGUAACUGGAUCUACUGGGUGGAAUUUAAUAGAGGCGUUUGGAAUGGAAUUUUCAGGAUUCGACCGAAUGGCACUGAACUAACUCCAGUCAUCAAGAAUGGAAUCGGCUCGAAUGGAAUCAGGGGGCUGACUAUCGAUUGGAUCGCUGGGAAUUUGUACUUCUCCAAUGUUUUUCCACAUGACAAUUACGUUGAAGUUGCUAGACUUGAUGGAAGCAAUAGGAAAGUCAUCGUCAAAACAACGACCGAUGCACCGCGAGAAGUAGCUGUCAAUCCUAUUAAGAGAAUCCUCUAUUGGAUCGACUACGGCCAAUACCCGAAAAUCGGUAAAUGUAAUCUAGAUGGUAGCAAUUGGUCACCAAUAAUAGUUUCAGGCGUCAGCACUCCCAGAGACAUAACAAUUGAUCCAGUGACUCACGAUGUGUACUGGGUGGAUUCGAAGCUAGAUAUGAUUCAGAGAAUAUCCUGGUCAGGAGGAAAUCAACAAGUUAUUCGUAGGAAUCUUCCGAAUCCAAUGGGUGUCGCUAUUUUCGGUCCAGAUGUUUACUGGGUCGACCGUAAUCUUCAGACUGUCUUCAAAGCUACCAAACAACCUGGAGACAUCAAAUUGCCAACUCAGAUGCGCACUAAUUUGCCGAAACUCAGGGACAUUGUGAUCUUUGAUGCUAGCAGCCAACCUCAGGAUAAUUCUAAUCCCUGUUCACGUACACCAAACGGCGGUUGUGACCAACUCUGCUUUGCUUAUCCAGCUGAGGCUGAUCCCAAAUGUGAUUGCGCCACUGGUAAACUCGGAGAUGACCGGAAGAAAUGUGAGAUUGUGGACGAGUAUCUGGUGUUUGCUACAAGAACUGAAAUCAGAGCUAUUAAUUUGGAUCCCAGGUCAACCAACGUUCCAUUCAAACCGGUAGGCAAUUUGACAAAUGUCGUUGGAAUAGACUUUGACUAUCAAGACAAGAAGAUCCUCUUCACUCAGAUUAGACCCUGGGCGCAGAUAGCCUGGAUGUCCUCUGAGAAUCCAUCAUCAACGGACAGCCAAAUCAUAAUCAGUAAGGGAAUCAAUCCGGAAGGAAUCUCCUACGAUUGGACACAGAAGAAAGUUUAUUGGACAGACUCCUCGAAUAACAGCAUCUACGCGAUGAACAUCGACGGUACUGAUCUUGUUAUGAUCGCUCGAGUGGAUCGCCCAAGAGCAAUAGUCGUUGAUCCUUGCAAUGGAUCACUCUACUACACCGACUGGGGACGCUUCGGUACAUCUGGAAAAAUAUUCCGAACAACGAUGGCUGGUUCACUGAAGAAAGCCAUUAUUGACAAGGAUUUGUCGCAGCCGAGUGGUCUAGCAAUUGACUAUGACGACCAAAUGCUUUAUUGGACUGACGCAGUGAGAGAGAAGAUCGAGCGUUCCGAUUUGAAUGGAAAGAAUCGUGAAGUCCUUGUAAGCGCAACGAUCUAUCCCUUCGCCAUAACUGUUUUCAGAGAGCAUAUUUACUGGACCGAUCUUCAGCUGCGCGGGGUCUAUCGAGCUGAAAAAUACACGGGAUCUGACAAAGUUGAAAUGGUUAAACGUCUGGAGGACUCUCCCCGGGAUCUCCACAUCUUUUCGAUCGCUAAACAACAGUGUAGUGUCAAUCCUUGUCUUAUUAACAACGGUGGCUGUUCACAAUCAUGUCAUCCAGGAAUCAAUGGAAAAGCUGAAUGCAAGUGUGAUGAUAACAGUAGACUCGUGAACGAGGAGAGAAUGUGUGUGCCAAAGAACGUUACCUGUGACAGCAGUAAAUUCGCCUGUAGAAAUGGUAGAUGUGUUUCACGGAUGUGGGCUUGUGAUGGAGACGACGACUGUGGUGAUGGCACUGAUGAGGAUAAACAAUAUUGUUCGCAUCAUUCGUGCAGUCCAAAUGAAUUUAGAUGUAAUAAUGGUCGGUGUAUAUUCAAGACAUGGAAGUGUGAUCACGAGAACGAUUGCAGGGAUGGAAGUGAUGAGGAGGGCUGUAUUUAUCCUCCAUGUGCACCUGGAGAAUUUACCUGUGCCAACUACCGCUGCAUUCCUCAGUCUCAAGUGUGCAAUGGUGUCAAUGAUUGCAAGGAUAAUGUCACGUCUGAUGAGACACAUGAAAGAUGCCCGAGGAAUCAUACUUGUCCACCUAAUCAUCUGCAGUGCAAGACAACCAACAUCUGUGUGGAGCCGUACUGGCUUUGUGAUGGUGAUAAUGAUUGUGGAGACAACAGCGACGAAGACCCUAUCAAUUGUGCCCAGAGGACCUGCCCUCAGAAUAGCUUCAGGUGUCCCAAUCACAGGUGUAUUCCUGCUACAUGGUACUGCGACGGAGAUGAUGACUGUUUGGAUGGCAGUGACGAACCACCUGGCUACUGCCAGUCUGAAGGACGCACCUGCUUUGGAGAUUUAUUCACCUGUGAUAAUGGCAACUGUAUUCCUAGAAUAUAUAUUUGCGAUGGUGACAACGACUGUUUAGAUAAUUCUGAUGAGGAUGAGAGGCAUCAGUGUAACGACAGAAAGUGCGACGAGGAAACGGAAUUCACUUGUGAUGCGAAUAAAGUCUGGAAUAGGGCUCAAUGCAUACCUAAGAAAUGGCUUUGCGAUGGAGAUCCUGAUUGUGUGGACGGAGCUGAUGAAAAUGUGACUCUCCAUCACUGCCCACCAGUUCCACCCUGCCCUGAAAAUCAAUUCCAAUGCAAAAAUGGCAGAUGUCUCAAUAAAAACUGGCUUUGUGAUCAUGACAACGAUUGUGGCGAUGGUAGUGACGAAGGGAAAUUCUGCAACUCUCAGUAUAAAACAUGUUCCCCGCAGGAGUUUACUUGUCAAAAUUUCAAGUGUAUCAAAUCGCAGUUCAAGUGCGAUGGACAGGAUGACUGUGGUGAUUUCUCAGACGAAUCUGGCUGUGCCUCAAAGGUGAAAAAUACAACUUGUCCCAAUCCAUUGGAUUUCAGAUGUAAAAGUGGAAUGUGCAUUAAUCCACAAUUGGUCUGCAAUAAAGAGCCCGAUUGUCCUGAUGAGGAUGACGAACCACCGCACUGCAACAUCGACGAGUGCGCCAGAGUUGAAAUGAAUCAAUGUGGUCACAAGUGCAUUGAUACACCAACGAGCUAUUACUGCGAGUGUAAUCCUGGAUAUAAACUUUUAGAUGAUGGAAAAGCAUGUGCUGACAUUGAUGAAUGCAUUGAGUCUCCAUCAGUGUGCAGUCAACAAUGUGAGAACACCCCAGGUGGUUUUUACUGUAAAUGCAACGAGAGGUGGUACGACAGAGCUGCUGAUGAGCACACAUGCAAACGUCGGGAUAAGACCGAGCCCUGGGUUGUCUUCACAAACAAGUACUACGUCAGAAAUAUGUCUAUCGAUGCCUCCAAGUACUCUGUUAUGCACCAGGACUUGAUCAAUGUUGUUGCGCUCGAUGCGGACUAUAUGACUGACAUGUUGUACUUCUGCGAUGUAACAGCAAAGACGAUUUAUCGUGCGCCGUUGGGAGGUGGUGAGAAGCGAGCGAUUAUAAAGCAUGAUAGCCUCGGGCUUGAGGGAAUAUCCAUAGACUGGGUGGGUAGAAAGCUCUAUUGGUUGGACAGACAUGCAAAGCAUCUGGACGUCGCUGAACUCGAUGGCUCAAACCGAAAGACCCUGAAAAGUGGAAUCGCAGAUCCUCGGGCUAUAGUCGUUCAUCCUGGAACCGGUUAUCUUUACUUCACUUCUUGGCAUUUACAAGCGUAUAUCGGCAAGAUGGGAAUGGAUGGCAGUAAUUUCACGAGGAUUCUCACAUGGGCUGAUGAUAUUGCCUGGCCAAAUGCAUUGACCAUUGAUUAUUUCACUGACAGGAUCUUCUGGGCUGAUGCUCAUCUUGAUUACAUUGCUUUCGCAGAUCUCGACGGUCACAACAGGAGAAUUGUACUCUCUGGAGCGUCUGUUCCACACGUCUUCGCAAUUACGGUGUUCGAUGAUCACAUUUUCUGGACAGACUGGAAUCUCAAGGCCAUUAGCAGAGCGGACAAGUUCUCUGGGGGUAACCUGAGGGUUUUGAGAAACACAACACAUCGUCCUUAUGAUAUUCACGUGUAUCAUCCCUUGAGGCAGUUACCUUAUGUCAAUCCGUGUGCCGAUAACAACGGUGGAUGCUCUCAUCUCUGUCUCAUUGCUCCUCCUCGAUCUUCUUAUCUUCGGGAGAAUUAUGGACAACCAGGAGUAACAACUUACCAAUGCUCCUGUCCUAAUCAGUUCUUCCUUGAUAAAGACAACAAGACUUGUGUGUCGAAUUGUACAACUGGUCAACAUCAAUGUGGAGCACCUGAGGAGAAAUGCAUUCCCUGGUUCUUCAAGUGCGAUGGUGAGAAGGACUGCGCUGAUGGCUCAGACGAGCCUUCAUCCUGUCCAAAACGUGUUUGCAAAGCUAGUGUGUUUCAGUGUGCAAAUGACAACUGCACACCAAGUGUCACUGUUUGCGAUGGAAAUGAUGAUUGCGGAGACAAAAGUGAUGAAGCAAAUUGCUCCCACGAAUGCGGUGAAUUGGAAUUCAAGUGUAAAGCCAGUGGUAGAUGUAUUCACGAAUCUUGGAAGUGCGAUGGUGACCCUGAUUGCAAAGAUGGAAGCGAUGAAGAUCCAGCUAUUUGCCACAAUAGAACUUGUGAUCCAAAUACCGAGUUCAGUUGCAGAAAUGGCAAGUGCAUACCAAAACUCUGGAUGUGUGACUACGAUGAUGACUGUGGAGAUGACAGUGAUGAACCUGCCUUCAUCUGUCGUCAGAAAAACUGUACGAGAGGAUGGCAACGUUGUCCAGGACAUGCCAACUACAGGUGUAUACCGAAAUGGCUGUUCUGCGAUGGCAAAGAUGACUGUCGAGAUAAAUCAGAUGAAUUACCAGAAAGCUGUCCAGUGUGUGAUCCAGAAACCGAAUUCAAGUGCUCAAAUCAUCGAUGCGUUCCCAAACAGUGGCUCUGCGAUUUUGCAGAUGACUGCGGUGAUGGUAGUGAUGAAAGUGAUACAGUGUGCAAGGGUAGGUACAGAUCAUGUUCAGAGUCGGAAUUCAGAUGUGCCAAUGGCAAAUGCAUUGCAUCAAGAUGGCGAUGCGAUAGCGAGGAUGAUUGUGGUGAUAACAGCGAUGAGGUCGAGUGCAAGAGCUUUGUUUGUCAGGAAGGUGCGUUGAAGUGUGCCAGCGGUCAUUGUAUUGCCUCCCACUUGGCAUGUGAUGGUACGAGGGAUUGUCGUGAUGCCAGUGACGAGAUUAAUUGUCAACCGAGAUAUCCUAAUGGACGUUACUGUCCACAAUCGAAAUUCCAGUGUAACAAUAAUCUCUGUGUUGCACUGUCUGAUCGAUGCGAUGGCAGUGAUGACUGUGGAGACGAGUCUGAUGAGAGCCCCACCCUUUGUGCCAACUUCACUUGCGACAUCCACCGAAGGUUCCAAUGCAACAAUCAUCGCUGUAUUCCCCGUUACCAACUCUGCGAUGGGAUCGACGAUUGUGGCGACGGCUCAGACGAGAACAAUCUAACAAUGUGCGCCAAGCGAAUUCGCCCAUGCGAUCCAAUUACUGAGUACCAGUGUGCAAACAAGAAGUGCAUCGAGAGAUCGAAAAUCUGUGAUAAUUCGGACGACUGUGGUGAUCAGUCCGAUGAACGAGGAUGUCAUCCAAACAAGCCUUGCAAUGCAGUGACCAAAGGUGGUUGUGCACAUUACUGUCAGAAUGUCACUGGUGGCGGUUACAUUUGUGCCUGUUACCCAGGAUAUAUAACAUCCUUAGACAACAUCAAACACUGCGAAGAUAUAAACGAGUGUACAACUAGCACCCAUCACUGCUCACAAGUCUGUACAAAUCUCAAGGGUGGGUUCUCCUGCUCAUGCAUAGAGGGUUUCACAAUAGCCGAUAAUCACAGUGGAGUUUGUAGAACAAACGACGAAGAGGCACAAUUAUUGUUCGCAAGUGGUCCAGAUAUUCGUGCCUACAGCCUCCACAAGAGGGAAGAAGUACCAGCUGUUGUUAAUGAAAAACGCAUUCGUGCAGUCGACAUAGAUCCUAAGAUGGAGUACAUUUACUGGAUAAAUUCUCACGACAACACGAUCAAACGAUCGUACAUUAUAAAUGCCAAAGAGGGACAGGCUAAAAUUGGUUACGCACAGGAUUUAAAUGUUCAGAAUGAGGCUGAACCAGUGAGUCUCGCUGUGGAUUGGAUAUCAGAUAAUAUCUACUGGGGUGAAGUUGACACUAGUGGUCCACGACAGUAUGGUAGAAUAAUGGUUGCUAAAUCGGAUUUGCGAUAUCGUAGGAGUUUGAUCACUAUGGAACUUGAAAAUCCAGUGGCUAUGGCUGUGGAUCCAGAGCUGGGGAAAUUAGUGUGGGCUGAUGCUGGAGCACAACCCAAGAUUGAAAUUGCUUGGAUGGAUGGAAGCCGACGAACUGUUCUGGCUUCUAGACAACUGGGGAGACCGUCAGCACUGACUAUUGAUUACUCCAUGUAUCAUACGAUCUACUGGGCGGAUAGUAAAUUAAAUGUUAUUGAGUCCAUUUCGCCGGAUGGGUUCAACCGAAAGGUCGUCCUCAAGGGAGAUGUACUCAAACAUCCAAUAUCUUUGGAUGUUUUUGAAAAUAAUUUGUACUGGGCUACAAAGUCCACUUCGGAGGUGCUCAAGCAGGACAAGUUCGGGAGGGGGGUUAUCGAGAAUGUUGCGAAGGCCGCUUCCGUUGGUAGAAGCGUCAAGAUUUACCAUCCCUUGAGGUACAAUACGACACUACGACCACCUUGCAAGCUUGACAGCUGUUCGCAUCUGUGCGUUGGCAUACCCUUGGGCUACAGGUGCUUGUGCCCAGACUCGGCUGGUUCACGAUUACCUCAGAACAGUGAGAGAAUAUGUGAUGCUACUGUUGAGAGACCUAAAGCAUCGCCAAGGGUGUGCCCAUGUCUUAAUGGGGGUAUUUGCACAUCGGAUGAUAAUAAUGAGCUACAGUGUCUUUGUAGCAUUGAAUUCCAUGGAGACCACUGCGAGGUCAGCCUCAGGUCAUCGGGGACCAGCAGCUCUACGGCUGCCAUUGUCAUUCCUAUUAUCGUUUGCUUGCUGAUUCUACUGGCUGCCGGUGCUGUUUUUCUUGUUCUGAAGAAACGACCUUUCGGAAAACCUGGGGGACUUGGCGGCUUGACUGCGCACAGCGUUUCCUUUAGACAGGGCAGCAAUGUAGAGUUUGGGGGUCCAACUCAUGAAAGAAUGGAACCCCUCGAUGUUGAGUAUAAUCUCAGCGACGUAAGGACGAAAAAUCGUGAUUUUAGUAAUCCAAUGUACGAUGCAGUUAAUCCAGAAUCAACUAAUGGAACGACAAGUUCAAUAUACGAAGUACCAGCUGAAAUGAAACCAUCGGCAAUUCAACACAAAGAACCACCCCAAUUGCACCUAAAACGGCGUGAAUUGGAUCCCACGCCUAUUGACUCAGGCAAGGAUACCCAGCAAUUGGUGGAGGAAGACAAAUCCGAAUGCUAGGUUUCCAUAAAUUUAAAAAAAAAUGUCAUUCAGUAGAUGAUUAUUGUUCACACCUAUUGUAGCUUGGAUGCGUGAGUCUUUUCGAUAGAAAAAAAAUGGCAGCUCCUUUUAUGUUAUUCAUGAUGGAAUGAUUGUUGGGUUUAUAUACAUAUAUACAGAUGUUAAUUAUAAAUGUGUUUUUUUUUCGUUUGCGUCUCAAGCUACGAUAGGCACGAUAUGAUUGUGUCAUCAUUAUAUUUUUUAUUAGGUGUGAUUUUGUAAGUCUUUGUAAAUAUUAUGACUACGAAAAAAAAAAUAUUAAUUUUUAUGUUAUCCGUGUACCAUAAAAGCGCAACCACCACAUUCCACUAUUUUUCUCUCAUUUUUUUUCUUUUUUUUCUUUAUAUUCGAAGGCUGCUGAACCCAAGGAUUAUAGUGAUAGCACGAAGAAAAAUAUCUAUAUAUAUAUAUUUUUGUCUUGUUGGAAGUGGAGUUGAUAUAAAUAUUAUGUAUACAAUUAUAACUAUAUUGAAUGAAAAAGCAAAUGUAGAAUGGAAUAAGUGGGACCAAGAAAUUUAUACAUUUUUAUGAAAAUAAUCUUUUUCAAUGAGGGAAAAAAUACCAUAAUCAGGGAAAAGAAGAUGGUAUGACCAUUAUCAGUGGCUAAAAUCUUACGCGCACGCUGUUUUUCUCCUCUUAGUUCGUUUUUAUGGUGACUGGACUGGCUUAAUUUUUGUCAAAUUUUGAAAUAUUACGUUUGUUUUUUUUGUUUCUAUCUCUUUCCCUGUCUGAGACGUCCUAUUAAACCUUAUUAAUUAUUGUAGAUGUUAAAAAUGAAGUUGAAAAAAAAAGAAUUAUAUGAAUAAAUGUUUUCUUAUCGAGUGUCAACGCUCAGAAUCGUUUGGUCGGCCUCAGCGACGUUGAUUGUACAUUCUAGCUCUCAUUGUUUCUAGAUUUUUAUAUUAGGAAACAAGCUAUUGGAUGUUACACUCUCUCACCUCGAUUUGACAAUAAUUUUUAAAGCGCAGAUGAGACUGCUGCGCCUGAAUGAAUUUACGAAACGUAAACAUUUUUAUAAAUGGAAAUAUAUUCUUUGUUGAUCAUUGAAAGUGAAUAGGACUGAUACUGGACCGGGUCCUAAUAUUCGAAUUAUUCCUAUUAUCUUUCAUCAGUAUUUACUAUAAUAAAAAAAUCAAAUUAAAGAAUUAGCCAAGAAUAAAGAAACAGUAAGGGAACUAAUUGUUAAUAUAUUGUGCAAAUAUCAAACUGAAACCGUCCAACAAUAAAAUUUGAAGAAAAGAUAA